AUGAAAAUAUUUACAGUUGGUAUGGACGAAAAACCACCGAUCAAAGAUCCAGUAUCUUCCGAUGGAGUUACCGUGGCUUCAACACCCAUUAUUACACUGGAAAAGAAGCGAACUUCAUAUAAAAAUUAUGUGAUGUGUUUGGGAAUGCUGUUCUUUAUCUUUUUGUUUGCAAUUAUCGUCAGCAAAUUGGUGUACUAUAGAAUACCUGAUGAUUUGGGACUACCAUGGUUUGAAUUGAAACAUCGAAUAGGAAUGGGAUGCGACGACUGUAUGAGUGCUCGUAUAAUUCAAUCAUUUUAUCCACAGCGAUCUUCAAGAUUUUUUGAAAGUUCAAACAGUGCAGCACCACCAGUGGCACUAGCAAUGCAGGCAGAACAAUCUCAAACAAACAGACAGGUGGCACCCACCACAUUAACAUCACAGCGUCUGGAGUUGGGCUCAUCAGCUACACAAAUUGUCGAUUCUCGUCUUGACUUCUUGCGCAAAAUUAUUCCAAAAAUCAAGGAACAAGCCGAAAAAUCUGGCAUUGAAGGCGUCAUGCAGGUGAAGAUGCUGCAAAUGGAUUCCUUCGAACCGAAACAGGUAAAGCCAUUACAGUUACUCGACGGAUUAGAAGAAAGUCAACUCCAGCCAGUAAUUAACGCACCGCAACUAAUUGAUUUUAUGACACCUAUCCGUUCAAUUCUGUUGUCUGACCUCUUACGCUUGAAUACGGGUGACAACGAUGAAAGCCAGGCUUCAGGAAUUCAAUUUUUUGGAUCGCAGCAGGAUGAUACGGUUAAGGGUGGACCGAUGCUUAUACUAGGACCAUUUUUGCAACCACAGCAGUUACAGCUGUUACCUACUGUUUGGGAUAAUAACAAUAAUAUAGCUUGGAGCAAUUCAUUGCAACCUCAUCUGUUUGACUUGGCCCAGCAAAUGAGCAAACAACAACGCUGGAUUAAUUGGCAGUGGCCUGUUCCUCCCUAUCACAAAAAUAGUAACGAAAAAGUUGCUCAAUGGCAGAGUGUUCAAUGGUUAAACGAUCAUAUGUCCAUCACACCUGUAGUGCGACAGAAUUCUUUGCCCGCAUGGGAAAGUACUUCUAACCAGUGGCAGGAUAAUGCUCAUAUGGCAGGUAAAUGGCAAAGUAGUAUUCAGAGUGGAGCAGGCAGUCAGUGGGCGCAAGGAGGAUGGCAAGGACAAGGACAAGGAGAGCAGCAGCUUUGGUCUCAGUAUCCUCAAACUUGGCUACCAAGCAUGAAUCAGAACCAAUAUCAGAACAAUAAUGAUUGGAAUAUUCAGAGAACGAAUAUAAUAGAUAAUUUGGAUGGACGAAUGACUCAGGCUGUUUUACCAAGUGAUAGCGCUAACAGUUAUGUUUACAAUAACAAUGCAAAUGAUCAGUGGAUGCGAUACUUCAAUCAGUGGUACAUCAAUAACCAGCGCUUACAGCAUCAGCCGAUUGCAAAUACUGUUGUUAGCCAAUCAGUUGAAGUGACAGGACCUGUGCUGCCACAACACACCGAAGAUCAAAUUCUUAAUCAGCAGCAAUCUGGGAUAACGGAUUCGCUGCAAAGUCAAACGGUUCAACAACAUCAAGUUAAACCUCUGCCCCAAACUCAGCAACAGAAGCAAGAACCACAAAUGAUGCAGCAAUUUCUUAAUAAGCCGAAUGAUAACCAAGAGCAGUCUCAUUUAUUGCAUCAAGAACGACUACAACUACCGAUGCAUCGCAUUGAGACUGGCUUAAGUGGUGGUAGUAAUGGUUUGACAAUGAUUGAUGAUGACCUGAAUAAGGAAACGGUUAUGGAGCAGUCGGGACCAAUGAAUGAUAUCAAUCUCGCAUUAUCAAAUCCAAUGCUAUUUCAAGUUGAUGAUCCUCCGCCACAGUCUGCUAGUGUGGAUGAAAGUUUCACUAAAUAA